UUCAGAUUACUUCAGUCAGAGUUUGAUCAGUUUGAGCUGAAGUUGGACUGGUGUGAUUUUGAGCUAGAGGACAUGGAGCACAAAAUAAGUGAGACAGCUUUUAACGUGUUUGAUGAAGUUCGCUUACAGGGCGAACACACCGAUGUCAUCAUCAAGGUUCAGGAGACCAAUUUUAAAGUGCACAAGAUCAUCCUUUGUGGCUGCAGCCCUUAUUUUAGGACGCUUUUCUCCACCCAGUGGACCAACGUGGAGGAACAAUUCUACGAUAUUCCAGGAAUGUCCUCAAACACCAUGUCUCUUAUUAUUCAAUAUGCAUACGCAAGACCAGUCCUGAUUACUGAAGAGAAUGUGUCAGAGCUCUUAGCAGCUGCUGAUCAGUUUUUAAUCUCAGAUCUCAUAGAAGCCUGCUGCCAGUUCCUGGAAGCAAACUUAUGCCCAGAGAACUGCAUCGGUGCCCGCAUGUUAACAGAGUGUUUCCCGUCCUGCUCAGUGCUCCACCAGAAAACAAGGCUUUACGUCCUGCAGCACUUUGAGCAGGUACUGCAAGUUUCUGAGGAGUUCAUUGAGCUACCGCUGGAACAUCUGGAGGAGAUGAUUGCUCAGGAUGAGCUGAACGUCAAACAGGAGGAGAUGGUUUUUGAGGCCAUCGUUCGCUGGAUUGGACAUGCACCUGGAAACAGGAGAAAACACAUUGCUGUGCUUCUUUCAAAGGUUCGAAUGGGGUUGAUGUCACCAGACUACUUCAUGACUGACGUCAGAAACAAUGCAUUGGUUUUGGAUAGCGAAGCAUGUUCGGACAUUGUCAUCAAUGCAAUGAAGGUCAUUUUUGACCUCCACAUGGAGGAACCCGCCAGCUCAGAGCUCAUUAAUCAACUGACACGCCCACGUUUGCCUUAUGAGAUCCUAUUGGCCAUCGGAGGGUGGAGCGUAAGCAAUCCCACCAAUGAGAUUGAGGCAUAUGAUACAAAGGCGGACUGUUGGGUCAACAUGACUCAAGAGGACGAGCUUCCCAGAGCAUAUCAUGGCUCAGUGGUCCUGGAUGGGUUCGUCUACUGUCUUGGCGGCUUUGACAGCGAGAAUUAUUUCAGCAGCGUGAGGAAAUUCAAUCCCAUCACUCAAACUUGGCAAGAGGUGGCCCCGAUGUAUGAACGGCGAUGUUAUGUUAGCGUUGCUGUCCUGGAUGGCCUCAUUUAUGCCAUUGGAGGUUUUAAUGGAUACGGACGACUAAAAACAGCAGAACGCUACAAUACAAACACCAACCAGUGGACAAUGAUGGCACCCAUGAAUGUACGGAGGAGUGACGCCAGCGCCACCUCACUGCAGGGCAAGGUUUAUAUCUGUGGUGGUUUUACUGGGGUGGAGUGUCUCUUCUCAGCUGAGAGCUUUGACCCCGAAACCAACCAGUGGACUCUGAUCGCUCCCAUGAGAAGCCGCCGCAGCGGAGUUGGAGUGAUCAGUUACGGAAAUCUAGUUUAUGCUGUUGGUGGUUUUGAUGGUGCCGCUCGUUUGCGAAGUGCCGAGGCCUACAACCCUCUUAAUGACACCUGGCAUGAUAUACGCUCUAUGAUUAACCCACGCAGUAACUUCGGCAUUGAGGUGGUGGAUGAUCAGCUGGUUGUUGUCGGGGGGUUUAAUGGAGUCGGCACCUGUCGGGAUGUGGAGUGUUACGACCGGACGACAAAUGAAUGGGAUGAAGUCUGCAGCAUGAGCAUUUCCCGCAGUGCUGUGAGCUGCUGUGUGAUAUCCGGGUUACCUGACGUCACACAGUACGUGGUGGAUCGAGACUCUUUAGAGACAUCAGAUGACGAGUCUGACAGUGACUGACCGACCUCCAGUGGAUAUCUGACAUUUGAACCAGAAUGCACGCUGAAACAUCACAGCACAUGCCAUAUGAUAUAAGUAAAUGCAGUUUAAAAACAGAUUGUGUGUUGGAUUGUGCACUUUAAAUUUAUGGAAUCGUCUCUUCGUUGGAAAAGAUUUUUUGGAGGAAUGUAGCAUUGCAUCACUUGCUCACCAAUGGAUGCUCUGCAGUGAAUGGGUGCCGUCAGAAUGAGAGUCCAAAUAGCUGAUAAAAACAUCCCAAUAAUCCACAGUGCUCCAGUUCAUCAGUUAACAUCUUAUGUGUUUGUGAGAAAGAAAUCCAUAGAGGAUUCUGGCCUAAAAGCGGAUUUCAUUAUCCAUAAUAACGCUUCAUCUGACGGCACCCAUUCACUGCAGAGGAUCCAUUGGUGAGCAAGUGAUGCAAUGCUUCAUUUCUCCAAAUCUAUUUCGAUAAAGUGACAAACUCAUCGACAUCUCGAAUGGCCUGUUCAUAAACAGGCUUCCACGGGAAUUCUUUCAUUACUUGAUUCAGUCAGUAUUUUCUGUUUCUGUUUAUUCGAAUGAAUAUAUUAUUAGAUGGAAAAUAUAAAUAUAUGGCACUGGAUAUCUCCAUUAAAUGUUAAUUUUGGGUCUUUUCUUGCACAUUAUUUUGCCUGAAUAUAUUCCUGGCUUCUGAAAAUGUCUUAAAAAGGGCUCAUUUCAUUUAGUGAUCUAUAAAAUACUGCAGAAAUUGUAAUGCGUGACAUUUCUUCACUCUUUACUGCAAUACAGAUUUACUUUACCCACUUAAAGCUGCGGUAGGGAACUUGUGACGCUCUAGCGGUUAAUAAACAGAACUG